UUUUUUCUUCCCCCCUUCUCCGGUUCAUGUUUGCAUCGAAUCUCGACGACGUCCAGCACAGCAACUAGCAGCCAGGAAGGAGGCCAAGCAGACACAUGGAUCAUUUCCAAUUCCCGAACGCAAGUCUCGUGCUGCUGCUUGGGCCUGAAUGGCCGAACGGGUUUCCUGCCCACUAGCCCAAGAAUUGGUCCGCUUUCUCCGCUUACCGACGGUGAUCAUCCUCCCCGCAUAUUGUCUCUCUUCCCGAUCUCCCAGUCCCAAGACUCCUCCGUCCCCUCGGCCGUAGUGCAAUCACAACUCACAAUGCCCCCUCUCUUUCUUUUUCUCCCUCCCACAUCCCUCCCCCUGUCUCUCCCAUACACAUAGUUUUCCCUCCCAUUGGUUGCUCGUUCUGCAACCCUGACUCGAUGUCCUCCGCAAAAGAUAGAUUGUCAGGCCUACUUGGCCAUCUCCUCCCCGGCCAGGGAGCUGUGGCUGCUGCUCCGCAAUCGCAGAGCCAAGUCAACUUCCAUACGCUUUCGCCGGCAUAUUUUCUCCAGAGAGCGGCAGCGAUUGAGCCAGACGCUGAGGCCAUCUACCAUAUUACCGCGAAUAAACAGGAACUGCGGAGAACUUAUAUUGAAUUUUCAGACAGGGCCAGAGGGCUGGCGUACUAUUUGAAAAAACGUGGGUUCAAGAAAGUGGGCAUCUUGUGUCCAAAUACACCGGCUUUCUUGGAGUCGAUCUUUGGAAUUGGAGCUGCUGGGGGUGUACAUGUUGCUGUGAACUACCGCCUCAAGGAAGACGAUAUCGCAUAUAUAUUUACGCAUUCGGAUGCAGAGGCGAUUAUUGUUGAUAAGGAAUUCCUGCCUCUGCUUCGCGUUUAUAGGGAGGCCAAGCCAGAGACACCCAUCAUUGUGGAUACGGACACAGAUGUCACGGAAGGCCAGCUGUCAGGUCCUUUCGAUGAGGCGGUUCUGGAAGGCCUGAAACAUGAUGCUGCUACAGGUGCGAAGGGCUGGGAUGGCCUUGAGAGCCAGGCGUCUUCCGAGGAUGAUGUCGUCGCUCUGGCAUAUACGAGCGGUACCACCUCGCGGCCAAAGGGCGUGGAGUAUACGAACCGUGGCUGUUAUCUGGCUGCUUUGGGCAAUGUGGUCGAGUCUGGCCUGAACGUCUUCAAUAGUCGUUGUCGUUAUCUAUGGAUUUUGCCCAUGUUCCAUGCUGUUGGUUGGACAUUCCCAUGGGCUGUUACCGCCGUUCGGGGAACUCACUACUGCCUGCGGAAGAUAGACUAUGGGCAAAUCUGGAGGCUGCUGAAGCAAGAGGGUAUCACUCACUACAAUGCAGCACCCACUGUGAAUACUCUGCUCUGCGAUCACCCAGAUGCUGGGCGACUUCCCGCGCCGGUUAACGUCCAGGUGGCAGGGAGUCCACCUACGCCGCUUUUGUUCGAGCAGAUGAGCAGCCUAAAUCUGCUCCCUGUGCAUGUAUACGGAAUGACGGAGACAUAUGGGCCUACUACCAGGAGUUACUAUCUGCCCUCAUGGGACCGCCUUCCCUCCGACGAAAAGUUUAGGAGAAUGGCAAGACAAGGCCAUGGGUUCCUGACUAGCCUGCCAACCCGGGUAAUCAAGAAGGACGUUCCCGAGGGCACCGUUAUAGAUGCUAGCCGAGAUGGCAAGGAGAUUGGCGAGAUUGCGUUUGUCGGGAACAUCUGUGCUCGGGGCUACUACAAAGAUGCCGAGGCGACACGGAAGCUCUUCGCUGGCGGCGUUCUUCAUUCCGGAGACUUGGCCGUCUGGCAUCCCGAUGGAGCGAUCCAGAUCCUGGACCGAUCCAAAGACAUCAUCAUUAGUGGAGGCGAGAACAUUUCGUCUGUUGCACUAGAAUCCAUGCUGGUGACCCACCCCGACAUUUUGGAGGUUGGCGUGGUGGCGGUGCCCGACACACAUUGGGGCGAACGACCCAAAGCGUUUGUGACCACGAAACAGGGCCGGAACUUGGAUGGGAAAGAGGUAAUUGACUGGGCCCGGAAUCACAGCCAGAUUAGCAAGUUUAUGCUUCCGCGGGAGGUGGAGGUGGUGGCGGAACUCCCCAAAACCAGCACGGGAAAAAUCCGGAAGAAUGUUCUUCGAGAAUGGGCGAAAGGGGCCCCGCGUACAUGAGUACUAGCUUUGUGCACCAACCCAAGGGGGGCUGUGGUUUGGUAUAGAAUCUGGGCGAUAAUGAUGAUGAUGAUGAUGAUGAUGAUGAUGAUGAUAGGGUUGAUUGUAUUGGUUGUAUUGGGUGUAGGUGGUGGAGGGAUGAUAGACCGGGAGGUUCUUAUUUGGUUGUCUAUACCGCAUUCCUCGUGUCGAUAUAGACUUUGUGGGAAUCUAGACCAUUCUUUGAGGGGUUGUCACUCUCCGGGCUUGCCAAUCAAUAUUAUUGUAUAGGCUCUGGGGAAGGCAAGACAGGGCGGAGCGCACAGACACCCAGCCAGCCGAUGGGGAGCGAGCGAUCAUUCAUUAUUAUUGGGUGGCAGGGGAACAAUGGAACAACCCGAAACAAAGGGCCGAGAUGAAUGCGUAAGUCGUUCAUUCGUAUUCUCGAGGAUCCAUCCCACUUCUCCAUAGAUACCUAGAUAGUUCAGG